CCUUGUUCAUGGUCCAUGCAGCUGGCGGCUUCCGUGUAUAAUUUUCUUAUGUUAGCGACAUUUAUUCGUAUGCUUAUCUAUUUGCAGAUCAAUUUCGAGCCCUUGCCUGAUAUCCGGCCUCGCUCCGGCUCGCGGCGCGAGCACCAGAUCACCGACAAGACUCUCCCGGCCUCCUUCCCGGCCCGGAUUUCGACGGGCCUCCCGACGGACGAGUGGUUCGCUGAGCCACACCAGAACUUCCCGCGUAACCAGUUGCAGUACGUCAAGGAGAUUGGCAAGGGCUGGUUCGGCCAUGUGCUGGAGGGCCGGGCGACGGGCAUCUUCAGCGACCACACGAAAGGAGAAUCGCCGCAUGCGUCCACGGUGCGGCCCAAUACCCUGUACCGGGGCCAGACGCCGGUGGCGGUCAAGGUGUUGCGGGAGGACGCAACGCCCACGGAGCAGAUGUACUUCUUGCACGAGCUGCGUCCGUACCGCCAGCUGUCGCACCCCAACCUGUUGAAGGUCCUGGCGCACUGCCUCGAGGCCGAGCCAUUUCUCAUCCUGCUCCAACUCUGCCCGAAGGGUGAUCUGAAGGCUGUGGUCCGCCAAGAAAAAAACUUGACAGAAGCAACAUUAUUGCGCAUGACCCUCAAUGUGGCAGCAGGUCUCAUGCACAUGCAUUCGCACUCUUUUAUUCACACAGACCUUGCUGCCAGAAAUUGCCUUGUGGAUGAGGACUAUACAGUCAAGAUAGGUGACUAUGGCUGUAAUAUUGAUUAUUAUAAGAAUGAAUAUUACUGUGCUGGUGAAGUGGCACUGCCUCUCAGAUGGUGUGCCCCAGAAACAUUAAAGUGCACUGACACAACUAUAGAGACAAAGGAGGUCACAAAGCCAGCAAAUGUAUGGAGUUUUGGAAUAAUAAUGUGGGAAAUUGCAAGUCGGGGAAUGAUGCCAUACACACACCUCGAUGACGACCAUGUCAUCCAGCAAGUCAUUGUGGAUGAGUCAUGCAUACUUGAGCCUCCAAAAGCAGUUCAACUCCAUGCUGAGAAAAUAUACAAUAUAAUGAAACUUUGCUGGGGCUUAGAAAGUUCCAGACCUUCCAUGACCCACAUCCACUCUCUGUUAAUGCACUUAUGGGACAAUUUAUCUGUGGUACCACAUGACACAGCCUUGAUGAAUGAUUUUGAAUUGCGUUGGAAUCAACUUCAGCAACAGAGGCCUCAAGAUCAUAGCAUUGUCCAUGCUGGUAAUACAACUGACCUUAGAUUUGACAGUGACUUUAGCUUAUCCAAUCGACAGCAACUUGGAGGAGCCAUGUCCCCCAGCCUACAAAACCUCCAUGGCUCUGUAGAAGAUCUUGAUGCUAAGAUGGCUGCCAAGUUUGGGUCAGCACUCCCCUCUUGGUUGGGAAUGGAGCCAGGGCAGCCAAUGGACAGUCUCACACGAGAGAUCACUGAUGCCAUACUAAAGCUGGACGAUUACUUGGCAGGAGAAAAGUCUGAGCCAAGUACCACAGAAGCAUCUCCAGAGAAAGGGGGAGUAAACUUCAAACUUGGCAAAGACUCCUUUGUGUCUAAUCCUCCAAACUCAAAGUUGGUACGAUCCAGUACACUGUCUAUAGAGGAAGGGAGUGGACAUCCCAGCCUAGCCAGAACUUUGUCAGAUGGUGAGGAUGAGGGGUUCACCAUGAGACUAGAACAGGGCGAGUUUUCAGAGAUGGUUCGCUUGAAAAGCCAGAGUGUCCAAGACUUUAUGAAGUUGACAGUAGUAGAUGAUGGAAGUGAUUCAGACAAUGCUAGUCAACGAAAUUCUUUAGCAUUUGAACCUGUUAAGAAACCUCUUGCACAGGAGAAAUCUUAUUCUAGUGAAGGUAAUAUCAGGGAAGCUCUCAGGGAUGAUAAGUUUAUGGGAGAAAUAGAAAGAUUGCAAGCUGAACACAGAUACUCAAUUAUCACAGAAGCAAGCAGAGAAAAUGCAUCAUCAAUAGAAUAUAGAAAUCAUGACUUUAGUUUUGAUAAAACACUAAAUAAUUCAGAUACAGUUGAAAAUUCUGAAGAUGGAUCAACAGACAAGCUGGCAACAAGUGUUGAAUCAGAUAAUUCAAAUAAUUUUAAUGAGAAGCACCAAAGUGAAGCAGAUCCUUUUUUAGGUGAAGUUAUCUCCUCUGAAGAUACAGAGGAGAGGAAGAUAGGAUUAAGUAAAGAAGCAGAGGAAAGUCCCUCUUCAGAAGUGUAUGAUGCCUUACCAGAGCAGAAACCACUGCCAGCCUCUCCAGAUUGUGUUGUCUCUUCACGUGAACCUAAACCAGUGGCACUACCUGACAUUGUAGUCCAUGAUGCCUCUGUAAAACUAAGCACACCAAGUCCACCCCCGGUGGAAAGUCCACCAAAAGUUAUGAAUAGCAAUCAACCAAAAGAGUUUCGCUUUGUAUUUGAUGAAGAGGAAAAUGCUGUCUCAUGUGCAUCAUAUCCUACUUAUGAAAAUAAUGGGGAUGUCCAGACACAGAAGGAUUCUGUGGUUUUCAGUGACAAUAUUAAAAAGGUUGAUGUGAAUGAUAUGGAUGGUGGCUGGAUGUUGGCAAAAAAUAGGACUGACAACCAGAGCAAUGAGGACAGCAGCAUUAAGGAUCCUGCCUUGAACAGUCAGAGAUCAGCAGUCCAAAUUGGAGAAGAAUCCUGUAGAUCCACAGAAUUAAACAAGUUUCUUGAUUAUGUACAGGAAAAGUCCAGACAAAGAUUGACCAGCACACCACUGAAAAAGGAUGAAGAUGACACUGGAGAGAGUGGGACAGUGAAUGAAAAGAUGGAUUCUUCACCAUUUACAGAUGGGUUCAGUGUCCAUGAUACAAGUUAUGAAGGAGAUCAAGAAAUGUCUAGCAAUGUAAUUGCUGUUGACAAGGAUAAUACCUUUGUCAAGCAACGGUUAGUAUUUGGAUUUAACAAGGAUGAGAUGAAGGAUGCUGACAAUGAACAGAAAAAUGACCAGUCCUGUAAUGAGGGAAAGGAUGAAAAAUCAGCACCUGAAAUUCCUAGUUAUAAACCAGAAGAAAUUGUUGAAGGAGAAGAUAUAGUUAUAGGAGCUUUGGAACACUAUUCAUUAGAACUAUACAGGGCCAUCAAAUCCCCUGAAUCCACUGAAUGUAAAGAAGAAAACACCCAGCCAUCAGCUUUUCCAAAAGAAGUGCACCCAGCAAACAACAAGAAGAACGAGAAAGACUCAGCUGGAAUUGAAUUUGAUUUAGAACAAUGGGAUAGAUUCCUAGGUAGUACAAUGAGUGAAGAUUUAGUGAACUCAGAUACAAUUUUCAAGGAAAUUUCAAAUGAUAAAACAAAUAUAAAGAGUGACAUAGCAAGUGAUAUAUUAGGAAGCACAUUUGAUGGGAGUGAAAAUGUGAUAGUGAACAAAGCAGAAUAUCCUGGGCUCUCAGAUUUAAGACAGGAUCUCAGUAGUACAUUUGAGCAUAGUACAUGUAAUGAGAUUUCUGGAAUUAUGAAGCACAAUGAAAGUGAAAUAUCAGAUGUUGAUUCUCAUCGUCCAAAGGUUGAUACUGACAUAUUUUUUGGUUCAGAUUCAAGCUCAUCUCUUAUGAAACACUCUGAUGCUUUGGUACAAAAGCCUUCCUCAGAAUUUCAUGAACCAUUUCACACUGCCAGCAUGGAAUCCUCUUUAUGUGACAGGAACCAGAUUAUGAAGUUUAGUGAUGAAUCUUACCUUACUGCUGAAUCCAGACCAGUGACAAGAGAAUUGUAUACAUCAGCUGAAGUGUCUGAUCUAUAUAAAACUGCAACUCUGCUUUCUGAUGAGGAGCUAAAGCAAACUCCUUUCCUAGAUGUAAACUCAUUGAACCAAAGAGAGUGGAGUUCUUCUCAAGGCAGUAAGACUGAUGAAACCUGUUCUCUUGGCAAUUCCUAUGUUAUUAUUGACACCCCCUCAGAUUCUUAUACCUAUAAGAGGGAAGAUUCAGUUGACUGCACAUUUGAGGUAAUGGAUCAUAAUGAGAUUACUCAAUUAGUAAAGCACAGUAAAGAUGUAAAGGAAACAUUUGGCAGGGAAUGUGAAAUAGCAGAUUCAUCAACAGUUUCAUCUUGCCAGUUGCCUGAAACUCAGAGCUCUGAUGAGAAAAGUGUUGUCAGAUCAGAUACUAGUGAUUCAGUUCACGACUUCAUUGUGGAAAAAGAAAAGGCAAUAUACAAUGAGAAAAAUAUAAAAACAGGACUUGGAUUUCAUAUCACACCUGCUGAAGAAAAAGUGCUGGGUGCAAAAUCUGCCACAACAGACUUAGAAAACCAUAAAUUAGUAAACCUAAAUGGUGAUGUGCUUAAACUCAAAACUUUUGAUUUAGAUUCUGAAGUGAAUUUGAUUAAAGAAGAGGAUGACCUUUCACCAAGUGCUUACCAAUAUAGGAUAAGAGGUGAUGACUGCUGGUCAUCACAAGAGAGUCAAGAUUCUGCAGUAGAGAAUGAUGAAGCAGAAAAUGGGGACUUCUGGCAGCAGCAGAUGGUUGCCUGGCAAGAGGCAGCAUUUCAGACAAGGCAGCUGCUACAAGAAGCAGCUGAUGGCAAUAAUACCUUUGAUGGAAAACUCAAAGGUUCACAGGAAGAUCUGGAAGCAAGCCCUCGAAGUGACACGUCUUCCACCAAGAGUCCUUACUCUUCAACUGAUAUGCUAAAUCUUGAUGACGAGGGAACAUAUGUUUCAUACAACACAACAGAUGAUGAGGAGGUACUUGGAUACAAACCAGAAGACAUAAAUGCUCUCAGGGCUGAGUUGAGCUUGAAGCUUGGUGGUGUGCAGGAAAAGGAGGAAAUGGAGCCUGAAGAACCUGAUGAUGUCCCAUCUGGUGAACGUGAUAAUGUUGUUAUCAACUACAGAGGUAUCAUCACCACCACUUUAUCUCCUAUAAAAGAAGAGAGCUUCCUUGAGGACUAUGAUUCACCUGCAAGAAGACUCAGCAAUAAGAGCAUCACAGAAGAUCCUAGCAUUGAGUUCCAUGAAUCAUUUUCAGAAAGUUUAUGUUUGGAUGGUUCCAAAAAAGUAGACAGCACUUUUGUUAUACAUGAAGCUGUCAAUGAACAGACAGUAAAGAAAAUGGAGCCUGGAUUAAGUGAACUAGCUUUCUCUGGGGAUUUUGAGGAUGGUAUUAUAGUUGCAGAAGAUGAAUCAAAAGAUAAAUCCAAAACUCUUGAUUCUUCUUCCGAUACUGUUGAUAGAUUACAUAUUAGUAGUUCUCUAGAUAUUUGUAGUCAAGCAAAGGUUGAUAGUUUAACAGAAAAUAUACAUGAUAGUUUGAUAUUAGAAGACCUAGAAGAGGAGGCUGGUCCAUCUUCUAUACAAAUAUACAAUUCAAAAAAUGAUGGUGAUGGUGAAGAUGUUCUGGUAGUUGACACAGAAACAAAUCAGGCUACGAUAGUUGAAGGUGGAAAGCCUAGAAGCCAUCUUGCCUUCAUAAUUGACCAAGUGGAGGAGCCAGAAAUAACAGAUGUUCAGAUUUUUGCCUAUGAAGACUCUGAUGAUGUUGCUCUGGAGUCUAUUCCAUCUAUAGGGGGUUCAAGGUUUGAUGAGAUGCGGUAUCGUGAGAAGUGUUUAAGAGAAGAUCCGUCUACUGAUAAACCUAUUGAUAAUGUUGAGGGAGGUACAUUUGAAGUUGACACGGAAUCUAAACCUGAAAUUGCAUUUGUCUUGACAGGAACAUUAGGAUCUGAGGAAAAUCUUGAGAGAAGAAAAGAACCAAAUGAAGCAGAGAAUUCUCCUCAGGGAAUUCUGGUUCCUCACUACCAUUCAUAUUUUACAUCUGCACUAAGCAGCAUUUCGCAUCCCAAUGCCAGCAUUGAAGACCCACCCCUUUUUGAACAAGUGGAGCACAUCUCUCUUCCUUAUGAUGUCAAUUAUCCAGCUGCAGGUGAAAAUGUAGAUUUCAGUGACAAGGAAGAGGAUGAUCCAAAGCCUAAUGGAGUCUGUGGAAAGGAGAUAAGCAUCAACAAAGCUAAAGAGGAGGAAGAGGCAGAAGCGCCCAUUAAACUGAGCUUCCUUGGACGCCUAUAUUCAGACGAGUCAGAAGAGAGCAAUGAGAAGAAUAUAAAGUCACACAAAGCAAGAGAAGCGACUCUUCUCUCAGACUCUGAGAGUGAGGAGGAGGCUGAGCAGCCAGUAGCACGCCCCAAGACUCCGGAGCCAGGGGACCUCAACCAGAUGACAUCAGCGGAAAUGUUAGCCUCUAAAAAGUAUCAGGUUAGGAAUCCAAGGAUCAUUAUGGAAAAUUUGCAAUAGGAAUGUGAUUCUUAUUGUACCAUUUUUCAUUGUUAUUAUACCGUUUUUCCUUCAGUAUACCAGUAUCUGAUCAUUUUCUUUUCUUCCUCUACUUUCUCUUAGUUUGAUAUU